AUGAUGGCAAAAACAAAGACAGGAGGGCCUGAUGGUUGCAUCAGGAAUUUGAAAGGGUUGGCACGUGCUACAAACAGUGGUUUCAAAAUUGCUAUUGAUUUUUGUGAGGGAAUCGAGGCCAAACAUCCCAAAAUUACAUAUGCUGACCUAUAUCAGCUUGCUAGGGUUGUUGCUGUAGGGGUAACAGGAGGCCCUACCAUUGACUUUGUUUCGGGCAGAAAGGGAUGUUCGUGGAGCAUCACAUUUAAGGGAUGUGUUUUUAUCGUGUGGGUCUAUCGGACAGGGACAUUGAGGCACUGUCUGGAGGCCACACAUUGGGCUCAUCGGGAUAGAUCAGGCUUUCAUGGUCCUUGGACAAGGGAGCCUUUGAAGUUUGACGGCACUUACUUUGUGGAGCUUUUGAAAGAGGAUUCGGAGGGACUAUUAAAACUACCGACAGACAAGGUUCUUGUUGAAGAUCCUAAGUUCCGGGAAUAUGUUUUGCAGUACACAAAGCAAGAUGAGGAUGCGUUCUUUGCAGAUUAUGUAGCAUCACACAAGAAGUUAUCAGAGCUGGGCUUCACUCCACCUUCCUCAGGUCUCAAAACAAUUACCAAGAACAGUACCUUGCUAGCACAAAGUGCUGUGGGAGUCGCCGUGGCGGCAAUUGUAAUAAUCCUAAGUUACUUCUAUGAAAUCAACAGAAGAGUAAAGUGA